AUGAAGCCAUCUGAAGCAAGUCAGUGCCAGGGCAGCAUUAGGACUUUCCCCAGUAGACGUCUGAUUCCUGGUUGCUGGUGCAGAAAACCACGCUGGUUUCAUAAAUGGACUCCAAGGUUCAGCGAUGAAUGCCUAAUGUCUGAUUUUCUGAAGCUUAAGCCAUGUCGCUAUGACAAAUGUUCAAUGUCAGAGAAAACAGGGUGGGACCUGCUUUGCCGAGAGGCAGGAAAGUGUGUCUGGGCCAGUUCUAUAAAUGUUCCCUCACGCUGGGUGGGCAGUAGCUUCCACCCUUCUUCCCCAGAAGGGUCCAGAGCAAUGGAUUCAGUCCUUUGUCUCUGCGGUCUGCUGGGCUUCGCUUGGUUUGCGUCUGCCAACAUCUUUGAAUACCAGGUAGAUGUCCAGCCCCUUCGUCCUUGUGAACUGAAGAGGGAAAAGGCCUUCCAGAAGCGCACAGACUAUGUUCCUCAGUGCACAGAAGACGGCAACUUUCAGAUGGUGCAGUGUGAGGACAGUGGCCGCUUCUGCUGGUGUGUGGGCUCGGAUGGCAAGGAAGUGCCAGGAAGCAGGCAGCAAGGACGCCCCUCAGCCUGCUUGUCCUUUUGUCAGCUUCAGAAGCAGCAGAUUUUGCUGAGCGGUUACCUCAACAGCACGGCCACCACCUACCUGCCUCAGUGUCAGGACUCUGGGGAUUAUGCGCCUGUACAGUGUGACCUCCGGAGGGAACAGUGCUGGUGUGUGGACACAGAAGGGAUGGAGGUGUACGGCACCCGACAGCAGGGCCGUCCGCUUAGGUGUCCUGGGAGCUGUGAGAUCCGAAACCGUCGCCUUCUCCACGGAAUUGGGGACAAAUCCCCCCCACAGUGUUCUGAAGAUGGAGGAUUUAUGCCCGUCCAGUGCAAGUUUGUCAACACCACUGACAUGAUGGUUUUUGACCUACUCCACAGCUACAACAGGUUUCCUGAUGCCUUCAUGACUUUCAAGUCGUUCAAGAGCAGAUUCCCUGAGGUGUCUGGCUAUUGUCACUGUGCCGACAGUCUGGGGAGGGAAUUGGCUGAGACAGGGCUGGAGCUGUUACUAGAUGAAAUUUAUGACACCAUUUUUACUGGCCUGAGUCAGCCCUCGACUUUUAGUGAAACCACCCUCUUCCGCAUACUACAGAGACGGUUUCUAGCCAUUCAGCUGCUCAUCUCAGGCAGAUUCCGAUGUCCCACAAAGUGUGAAGUGGAGCGGUUUGUAGCCACCAACUAUGAUCAUCCCUAUAUUCCUAGAUGUCACCCAAAUGGUGACUUCCAAACUGUACAGUGCCAAAAGGAAGGACCAUGCUGGUGUGUGGAUGCACAAGGACAGGAGAUCCAUGGAACUCAGCAGCAAGUGGGGCUGCCAUUUUGUGUUGAAGGCCAAUCCUGUCCCUCGGAGAGGCGACGGUCUCUGUCUAGACUCCACUUUGGGCCCACGGGCUACUUUAGCCAACACAACUUGUUCAUGUUGGAUCCUGUGGAACGAAAGGUUUCUCUGGGAACGGCCAGGUCUGCCCCUCCCUGCCCACCCUUGCUCAAGAAGCUUUUUGUGAACUCUGAUAUUCUUCGUCCAAUGAUCAAAGGGUGGGACAGACUGUUUGCUAACGCAGAAAGUCUCCUCAGUGAAGCCAUCCGUGUGAUUUUUCCCUCCUACAAACUGGUUCGUCUGGCACUUCAAUUUACCAUUAACCCAAAGCAACUCCAACAAAACCUAUUUGGAGGAAAUUUUUUGGAGAAUGUUGGGGAGUUUAAUUUGUCAAAAGCCCUUGGCACAAGAGGCACAUUUAACUUUAGUCAGUUUUUCCGGCAGUUUGGUCUCCCAGACUUCCAGAAUGGAAGAGCUCCAGUUUCUGCAACAAAGCUCCUAUCCGAGGGGCUUCAGUCAGCUACAGAAACACGCAAAACCGCUGAGGUUGCUAUGAACAAGACAGUCAUGAGCAGCUUUGGCUUGGAGGUCAACUUACAAGAGAACUUGGUGGCCCUGAAAUUCUUAACUUCUCUUCUGGAGCUUCCAGAGUUCCUUCUCUUUUUGAAGCAUGUUCUUUCUUUGCCAGUAGACCUAGCCAAUGACUUGGGGGAAAUCAUGGAAAUGGCACUCAGUUCUCAGGGCUGUGAGCAGACCCUUGGUAGUCUUUUUGUCCCAUCAUGCACAAAGGAUGGAAGAUAUGAAGAGGUUCAGUGCUUUGCUGGAGAGUGCUGGUGUGUGGAUUCCCGGGGCCAAGAGCUUUCUGGAUCCAGGUUGCAAGGUAGAAAACCGAGGUGCCCCACACUGUGUGAAAAGCAAAGGGCUCACCUGCAAAGUCUUUCUGAUAGCCAACCUGCAGGUUCCACUCUGUUUGUGCCUUCUUGUACCAGUGAGGGGCACUUCCUACCUGUCCAGUGCUUUGGAGAAGAGUGCUACUGUGUUGAUGCUGAUGGCCAGAUAAUUCCUGAAACCCAAAGUAGACCCGGAGAACCUGCACGAUGUCCCACACCCUGCCAAUUACAGGCUGAGCAAGCCUUCCUUAAGACAGUACGGAUCCAGCUCUUGAAUUCCAGAACUCUGACCAACUUUUCCACCAUCUACAUUCCACAAUGCAGUGCUCGGGGACAGUGGACACCCAUUCAAUGUGAUGGCCCUCCUGAGCAGGCCUUUGAGUGGUAUGAACGGUGGAAUAAUCAGAACAAGGGUGAUAAAGAGCUUGCCCCUGCACAGCUGCUAAUGACGAUCAUGAGCUAUAGAGAAUCAGCUUCUGGAAGCUUCCGUUUCUUUAUUGAAAGUUUGUAUGAGGCUGGUCAACAAGGAAUUUUCCCAAGGCUGGCACAAUACUCUGACUUCCAAGAUGUUCCACUGGAAAUUUUGGAAGGCAACUUGACACAGCCUGAGGAGAACAUCUUCCUGGAGCCCUACUUCUUUUGGCAAAUCCUAAAUGGUCAGCUCACCCGUUACCCGGGCUCCUACUCAGACUUUAGCGCUCCUUUAGCACACAUGGAUUUGAGGAGGUGCUGGUGUGUGAAUGAGGCUGGUCAACAGCUACAAGGGACCUCUGUGGAGCCAAGAAACGUCCAAGCAUGUCCUGGAUCUUGUGAGGAAGCAAAACUUCGCAUUCAGAAGUUCCUUGAGGAUACAGAAGAGAUAAUCUUGGCCUCUAAGAGUUCUCAGCACCCUCUGGGAGAGAGUUUCCUAGUGGCCAAAGGAAUCCAACUGAUGGAUGAGGAACUGGCUCUUCCUCAAUUCUUCCCAUCCCGGGAGAUCUUCUUAGAGAAGUUUCUGAGUGGAGGUGAUUACGCCCUUCGUCUGGCAGCCCAGUCUACCUGGAACUUCUAUCAGAGCCGCAACUCUGCCGGGGCUAAUUGGACAAGAUCCCCUCUGCCCUACAUACCACAAUGUGAUGCCUUUGGACAAUGGGAGCCUGUGCAGUGCUAUGCACAAACUGGACAUUGCUGGUGUGUGGACCAAAAAGGCCAAUACAUUCCUGCUUCCCUGACUGCCCGCUCCACAAAGAUCCUGCAGUGUCCCUCUACUUGUGAGAUAUCCCGAGCCAAUGGACAACUUUCUGCGUGGAAACAGUCCGGAUCACAAGGCAUCCCAUCUCCAAAAGAUCUGUUUAUCCCCACCUGUCUAGAGACAGGAGAGUAUGCCAGGUUGCAGGUAUUACAGACUGGCAAGAGGUGCAAGGAUCCAACCUCAGGAGCAGACCUGCCACCUGACCUGAACAGCACCACCCAGUGCCCUGGCAACUGUUCAUCUCUACAAGAUGGAAGCCUCUCCAGAAGAGAUACUGUAGGUUCCACUCCUACCUGCAGAGAGGAGGGUGAAAGCUUUUCCACAGUUCAAUGUGACCUGACCCAGAGCAUCUGCUGGUGUAUCCUGGACAGUGGAGAGGAAAUACCUGGGACCCGUGUGGUUGGGCACCAGCCAGCCUGUGACAGCCCAAAGUGCCCUCUGCCAUUCAACACAUCCAACGUGUAUAGUGGAGCCCUUCUGUGUCAACCUGCUUCAGGCCCAGGAGGAGUUCCCAUUCAGCAGUGCCAGCUGCAAUGUCGCCAGGGUUACCAUCACGCAAUCCUGGGGACAGCAGAGCCCCUGGCAUGUAACCUGCAGACAAGACGCUGGAUGUCACAACCACCACAUCCUCAGGCCUGUCAGCGACCCCAGCUGUGGCAGACCAUGCAGAGCCGAGUGCAAUUUCAGCUCCAGCUUCCACCGGGUAAGAUGUGCAGUGCAGACUAUUCAGGCUUGCUGCAGGCCUUUCAGGUCUUCAUACUGGACAAGCUCACAGCUCGAGGCUUCUGCCAGAUCCAGGUGAAGGCUCUGGGCAACACCAUUAACAUUCCUGUCUGCAAUGAGGCUACUGUGCAGGUGGAUUGUAUGUCUUUAGAGCGAUUGAGCGUGAAUGUCACAUGGAGCCUGCUGCUUAAGGAUGUUCCAGCACCUUCACUACCUGACUUACGUGACAUAGAGGAAGCCAUAGUGGGAAAGAAUCUCAUAGGGCGCUUUGCAGAUCUGAUCCAAAGUGGUGCCUUCCAACUUCAUCUGGAUUCUAAGACAUUCCCAGCAGACACUGCUAUCAUCUACCUACAAGGGGACAGUUUUGGCACCACUCCAAGGAUAUGGUUUGGGUGUCUGGAAGGAUUUCAUCACAUUGCAACUAGCAAAAAGGACCUUAAGAACACCCUGGGAUGUGUUAAGUGUCCUGAAGGAAGCUAUUUUCAGGACGAGCAAUGUAUUCCCUGUGCAGUUGGAUUUUAUCAAGAGCAAGCAGGUAGUCUGGCCUGCAUUCCAUGUCCCAUUGGCAGAACAACUCUUUCUGUGGGCGCCUUCAGCCAGAAUCACUGUGUCACCGACUGUCAGAUGAAUGAAGCUGGCCUGCAGUGUGACCAGAAUGGUCAGUAUAAAGCCAUCCAGAGGGACAGAGACAGUGGAAAGACCUUUUGUGUGGACAUCGAGGGGCAGAAGCUGCCAGGGUCAGAAACAGAGGCCCCCCUCUCAGACUCCCAGUGUCUAAUGAUGCAAAAGUUUGAGCGGCUUCCAGAAUCUAAAGUAAUCUUCAGUUCUGAUGCUGCAAUGGUGGUCAAGUCCAAAGUUUUUGGCUCUGAGUCUCCACUGAUGCAGUGCUUGGCAGACUGUGCAUUGGAUGAAGCCUGUAGCUUCUUCACAAUCUACACUGGGGGGUCAGAAGUUACUUGUGAUUUCUAUGCUUGGACAAGUGACAACAUUGUCUGUUUCACUUCUACUCAGCUCCAAAAUCAAGAUGCACCAGAAAACUUACAAGUUACCAGCUUUGAAAGUUUAAGUUGCCAAGUGAAAGUGAGUAGAGGGGUCCAAGACUCUCCAGCUGUAUAUUUUAAGAAGGGGCAAGAAUUCAACUCAGCAAGUCAGAAGAGCUUUGAAAAAACUGGUUUCCAAAAUACAUUAUCUGGAAUGUACAGUCCUAUGAUAUUCUCAGCUUCAGGGGCUAAUCUGACCGAGGUCCACCUCUUCUGUCUUCUUGCAUGUGACAGGGAUUCAUGCUGUGAUGGCUUCAUUCUUUCACAGGUCCAAGGAGGUCCAAUCAUCUGUGGGUUGCUGAGCUCCCCUGAUAUGAUGAUCUGCAGUGUGGAAGAUUGGAGGGACCCCCUUGAGGGCCAGACUAAUUUUCCAUGUCCUGAUGUGAUGUGUAACCAGGAGGACUGCCGGGGAAUUUUGCGCCUAGGAGGUCAGAUGUUCAAGGGUUUGACACCACAAGAAGGAGAACAGAACGCCCUCACCAGUUUCCAGCAGGUUUAUCUCUGGAAAGAUUCUGACAUGGGAUCUCGACCCGAGUCUUUGGGAUGUAGAAAAGAUCUUUUGGAACCAAACCCAGAAUUUGCAACAGAAACAGAUGUGACAACAGAACUUUUCUUCCCUGUUGACCUAAACCAGAUCAUUGUUAAUGAAAACCGAUCCCUGCCAAGUCAGCAGCAUAAGCUUUUCAAACACCUAUUUUCAUUUCAGCAGGCAAACUCGUGGUGCCUUUCUCGCUGUGUCCAAGAGCCUUCCUUCUGUCAGCUGGUGGAGCUAACAGAUAAUGCUACCUUAUAUUUCACCUGCAUCCUCUACCCAGAGGCCCAGGUUUGUGAUAAUGUCAUAGACUCCAAUUCCAAGGAUUGCAGACUAAUACUGCCCCACUGGCCAAUGACCUUGUUCCAUAAGAAAGUUGUACUGAAUGACAAAGUGAAGAACUUCUACACUCGUUUGCCUUUCCAAAGACUGGUGGGCCUCUCCAUUAGAAAUAAAAUACCAAUGACCAACAAGUCUAUUUCCAAUGGAUUCUUGGAAUGUGAAAGGCUGUGUGAUGUGGACUCAUGCUGUGCUGGCUUUGGUUUCCUAAAUGUUUCACAGUUAAAAGGAGGAGAGGUGACUUGUCUAACUCUAAAUAGCCUGGGAUUUCAGACCUGCAGUGAGGAAAAUGGGGGAGCCUGGAACCUUUGGGACUGUGACUCUCCUGACACAGAAGUUCGCACUUAUCCCUUUGGAUGGUACCAGAAGCCUGUUGUUCAAAACGACACACCCAGUUUUUGCCCUUCAGUGGUUCUGCCUUCCCAAACAGAUUUUGUCUCUCAGGACUCAUGGAAAUCUAUACCCCGCUCCUCAACUAUUAUUGACCCAUCCAUCAGCAAUUUUGAUGUUGCCCACAUCAGCAGUGCAGCCAUCAGUGACUUCUCUGCUGCCCGAGACUUCUGUUUGUUGGAGUGUUCCCGCAACCAGGCCUGCAUCAUCACCACUCUACAGAUGCAACCUGGGGUUGUGAGGUGUAUGUUCUACCCUGAUACCCAGAGCUGUACAUUGAGCCUUCAGUCCCAGAAUUGUCAACUUUUGCUUCGUGAAGAAGCCACCUCUAUCUACCACAAGUCAUAUGUUCCUCUCUUUGGCCUUGGGGACUCAGCACCUUCUGUGACCCUUGCCACUCAUGGCCAACUGCUGGGAACAUCCCAGGUCAUCCAGGUGGGAUCAUCAUGGAAGCAAGUGGACCAAUUUUUGGGUAUUCCCUAUGCUGCUUCACCCCUGGAGGACAGUCGCUUCCGGGCACCAGAGCCCUCAGACUGGACAGGGUCCUGGGAUGCCACCAUGCCACGGGCCAGUUGCUGGCAGCCAGGCACAGGAUUGUCUGCAUCUCCUGGGAUCAGUGAAGAUUGCUUAUAUCUCAACGUGUUUGUUCCUCAGAAUGUGGCUCCCAAUGCAUCCGUGCUGAUAUUUUUCCACAACACCAUGGAGGGCAAAGCCCUGGACGGCUCCUUUCUGGCCGCUGUUGGGAACCUCAUUGUGGUCACAGCCGGCUAUCGAGUAGGCAUCUUCGGCUUCCUGAGUUCUGGGUCAAGUGAAGUGAGUGGCAAUUGGGGCCUGCUGGACCAGCUGGCUGCUCUGACUUGGGUACAGUCCCACAUCAGUGUAUUUGGUGGGGACCCCCAUCGUGUGUCCUUGGCGGCAGAUCGUGGUGGAGCCGACGUGGCCAGCAUCCAUCUUGUCACUGCAAGAGCUACUGACUCCAGACUCUUCCAGAGAGCUGUGCUAAUGGGGGGCUCUGCACUUUCCCCAGCUGCAGUCAUCAGCCAGAAGAGGGCCCAGGAGCAGGCAGCUGCUUUGGCAAAGGAAGUCAGCUGUCCCACCUCAUCCACCGAAGCCAUGAUGUCCUGCCUCCGCCAGAAACCAGCCAGUGUCCUCAAUGAUGUCCAAACCAAGCUCCUGGCUGUGAGUGGCCCUUUCCAUUAUUGGGGUCCUGUGGUAGAUGGCCAGUACCUCAAAGAGUCUCCCACCCAAGCACUGCAGAGGUCUCCACGCACUAAAGUUGACCUACUCAUUGGAAAUUCCCAGGACGAUGGACUCAUCAACAGAGCGAAGGCUGUGAAGCAAUUUGAAGAAAGUCAAGGCCGAACCAAUAGCAAAACAGCCUUUUACCAGGCACUGCAGAAUUCCCUGGGUGGUGAGGAUACUGAUGGUGCCAUCCAAGCUGCUGCUACGUGGUACUACUCCCUGGAACAUUCCACUGAUGACUAUGCCUCGUUCUCCAGAGCCCUGGAAAAUGCCACUCGGGACUACUUUAUCAUCUGUCCUGUGAUCAACAUGGCCAAACACUGGGCAGGGAGUGGCCGAGGGAAUGUCUUCAUGUACCAUGCUCCUGAAAGCUAUCACCACAGAGGCCUGGACUUGCUAAGUGAUGUUCAAUACGCCUUUGGACUGCCCUUUCAUCCUGCCUAUGAGGGACAGUUUACUCUGGAGGAGAAAAGCCUGUCCCUGAAAAUUAUGCAGUACUUUUCCAACUUCAUAAGAUCUGGAAAUCCCAACUAUCCACAUGAGUUCUCCAGAAAACCAUCUGAAUUCGCAACUCCCUGGCCUAACUUUGUGUCUUCAGUCAGUGGAGAGAGCUACAAGGAAUUCAGUACCCAACUCUCUAAUCGACAAGACUUGAAGAAGGCCGAUUGCUCCUUCUGGUCCAAAUAUAUCCAGUCCCUGAAAGUACUGGCAGAUGAAGCCAAGGGUGGAUCUUCAUCAAAGAGUGGAGGGGAAGAUCAGUCCACCAUCUCUGAACUGACAGAAGAUCCCAUAAACCUCCCAGAAUCAGGCUCCAAGAGCUACAAGUGACUUGAUCUAAAACCCCUUGCCUGGUGUCCUCUAACCUGAGACUUCCUCUGUGGGCAUAUAAUUCUAACUUACAAUAAAAUGUCUACUCAU